GAAAGUGAUGAAGUGGUGCGAGAGUUCAAUGCUAACACCCUCGUAGCACUACUGCCUAUCCCUAUCAUGUCGCAUCUGGAUGGGAACGCCUGGAAGGCGAAGAAGGAGCAGCUGCGGUUGAGUGGUGAGAGCGGUGAUGGUGAUCAGGACAGCCCGGGGGUGAAAGCAACUCCGCCAGGUCUCAGCAAAUUAGACUACGACGCAGAAUUAGCUCUCCCCAUGCCCAAGCCCCGACACGAUCGGCCGGACAAUCACAAGUUCGACCUGCCUGCAUCGGGGUCAAGUAAAGGGGGCAUCUUCGGAUGGGGUGUGAACAAGAACCGAUCGUUCACCGAACCGGGUGCGGGGACGGCCCCAGACAAAAAGACCGACAAGAAGUCCGCGUUCCAGGCUAUCCGAUCAAAGCUUAGCAUGAAGGACUUGGCAAAGGAAUUCCGUAAGGAAAUUCCCCCGGUCAGUACCAUGCCGAAGAUCUCGUCGUUGGCGUUGGGCAUUCGGGAUUCCGGGUCCUCCUCGGAUUCAUAUGGCCGUGUUCGUCUGCCAGGCGCCACCAGCAGCAAUUUCGAGGUCGAGAGGCUAUAUACUCCGCGACCGAAGGUGACCGAGGUUCUUCAGGCCCAGCAGCCCCUCUCUGCGCCUUUGUUUCCCACGGCCGGUUUUCCGGGGCCGGACGAGUUCUCGCCGAAAGGUGUGGUGGUGACUUCUCCCACUUCUGUGGGCUCGUCGGGAGAGAAAGGUGUUGGUAUCGUCGUUGGGGGUGGUAAUGGUCAUAACAGCCAAGGGCCAGAGAAGUUCAAACACGCUCUGAUCAGUGACCAUGGCAAUCGGGUCGGAGAAGGCCCAACAAGCCACCACCUUGAAGCGGUCUUGCUGGAUGGCUCCUCCCCCGCGGCUCGCACGGGCGAGUUCAAGAAUAGCGGGCAGCCGGAAUUCGUCACGACACCACGGCAACGCGCACGCAGCAUGAAGGCUGAGAAGGGGGCGGGCUCGUCGGAGGCUGCGGCGGCGAUGGCAGCAUCGGAGUCGUUUCCGCUGCGUAACAGUGAGAUCGCGAGAUCGUACUCUCCGUCAGUGUACGACACGCUGCUGUCCGAAAAAAGGACGUCGGACCUCCCUCUCCGCGCCGGUGGUAACGAUAGCAGCAUCGAAGAGGUCAGUGUGUGCGCGCCGGUCCGCUACAGCGACGCGACAAGCGAAGGGUUUCCGGACUAUCGCUUGUCCCUGAUAACAACCACGUCGUCGUACAUGCCAUCGGGCCAGGCUCAGCAACAGGGCGGGGAGGCGUCUGCGUUUGCUGGUGCCCCGGCAGGCGAAGGGGCCCUCGACGUCACUCGCCAUGGAGGGUAUGCGCCGACUCCGCCGGUUCCAGGCUAUCAAAACACAAACUCGCUGGAGGAGCAACUGGCACUGCAUGUGAAGACAAUCCAUCACCACGUCGAUGACACGGCCAACCGGCUCGUAAAGGCCGUCCAGGACAGUAACAACUGGAACAUGGAUCAGAUCCUCAAGCAGGUCGACGCGUUGAGUGAGGUUGCGCAGCUCCUGGGCGAAAGGGCCGCGGCACAGUCAAAGAUCGUGCAAGACACGAGACAAUCCACCAGUGACGUGCAAUCGCAGCUCCAGACGAUCUACCAGGAGCUCCGCCGGAUGCAGUCGAGGAUGGCCACUCAGCUGCGCGAGGAGAUCGGUAAAGUCAGAUACGACGUGCACGAGCUGCAGGCACGCGUCGGCCCCCGCAACCCAGCGGCCGAGGCCGUUCUCGCGGCCGGGCUACAGGGGCCGCCGCUUCCGUUGAAGAAGGCCCAAGGAGAGAUGGGAGGAGGAGGAGGUGGUGAGGUGAGGAAGAGCACAAAGCGAGACAAGGAAGACGGGGGGAAACAACAGCAGAACCCUUCUCUGGACGAUUCCGACAUUCCCACCCCUAAAGCCUCCCGGUUCAACCUCCGCACUGAUGCCAUCCCACCACUUGUUCCUGGAAACGGACAGGUGAGGCCUCUGGCCCCCAGCCAUGGCAAGGGCAAAGCCAAGGACGAGAAGGAGCCCAAGACCCCCGUCAAGAAGGGUUUCUUCCAUAUGCGCCGCCAGCGUGACGGUGACAGUCACACUGGCCAUUCGUCCUCUCGUCCUUCCCACGCCCACGCCCAUGCGCACGAGACUCAGACUCGCCCCGUCGAACCAAAGCCUCCGGUCACUCCUCCCUCGCAGACCGGUCCGGGCAUAAACCCCCAGACUGUCGCGCAGACCUCUCCCAGCCUGAUCCAUCCGGCCAUGCGCACCCCUCAGCAGCAGAAGGUCAUGGACGAACGCAAACGCGAAGAGGAGCACCAGCGCAAGGUCUUGCUCGAGCAUGAUAUCAAGCGCGAGCGUCUCCAGCAGCAGACCCUCCAGCAGCAGCUUCGCCAGCGUCAGCUUGAGCAGGAGGAGGCCCAGCGAAAGGAAGCCCUGUUCCAGGAGCAGUUCUUCCUAAAGCAGCUUCAGCAGCCGCAUCUCCAGUCGCACAUCCAACAGGCACCUCCACAGCCAUCUCGACCGGCACCUCAGCCCCUCCAACAGCUACCUCAGCAGCAAGCCCCCCAGCCUGCCCCCCGCACCAAGCACCCCCAAUACAGCGACUUCCCCGUGCCACCUCUCGGCCUCCAAGCAUCGAAACACCAGCACGCCGCAACGUCCGCCUCCAAUCUCCCCGUGCCCGCGUCCCAGUCGCAGAGCACCGGAUCGAAAGCUACUCGAAACAUGGCUGCAUCGACCUCGCACUCCAACGUCCGUCCUCAGACUCCCCGUGCCCACGCCGGCUUCGACAACCCAUACCCGCACUUCAGCAAGCCUGGCACGUCGAAGGACAUAAAAAUCGACAACGACAACGACAACGACAACGACAACAACCCGUUCUACCCCGGCCCCACCAUCGGCUGCUUGCAGAACACCUCGCCGACUACUUAUAGUAGUCCUGUGCCGCCCGUCCCGAUCGAGUAUGUCAAUCGCCAUCGGGAUGCGUAUGAGCGUGGCUUGGAAAAUUUCAAGAAGGACAGGGAGGAUACUUUGCUGUGA